AUGAUGCCAUUAUUACUACCACCGUCUGUAUUAUCUUCGUCGUCAUCAUCUUCCUCAUCGUCAACAGAAUCGACAUCUGCAGAAACACAAAUCUCAUUAAUUCGGAUGGAUCAGUCAUGUGAUUCAGUUAUAUCAUAUGAUCCAAUUAUAAAUAAUUCUUCAGCUCCGUUGCUUGCCAAUCAUGAUACCUAUGCAAAAACAAAACUGACUUACUGUUCACCUCAGUUUCUUCAUAAAAUACAACAAAAAUUGCACAUGAAUUUAGUAAGUCCUGUUUCAUCUUUAACCAAAUGGAAGAAAUUGAGAAACAAUAGAAAUUUUAAAUUAUCUACUUACUUGGUUCCAUCCACAGAUUUCAAUCAUACAACACUACUUUCACCACCAACAACAACAACUACUUCCACAUCUGUAAGUAGUUCUGAUGAUGAAAUGCAUAGUUGUAGUUUCAUCUUAUCUUCUAACAACCCUAGAAAUGACAACCCUUUACAAAAUUCUAAUCUACAUUUUAACCGAUUUAUUUCUAUCAGCGAUCAUUCUGUUACAAUAAAUAAUGAGAAAUCUUACCUACAUAGUCGUCUUUCUUCUCCCGCUCCUCUACACCAUCUUAAACCAUGGGCAAAUAUUUCCUAUUGGGAAUCACAUCAUCAUGUUGGACGUAGAUGGUAUCAAAUUACAAAUCGUAAAUUAAAUAUUGUCUACAAUGAUGUUAAUAUUAAUGAUGAUGACCAUAAUAAUAGUGAUGUAAAGGACAAGCUGUAUUCAUCUCCGAAACAAGCAUAUAUACAUAAGGAAAAUCAUUCAAAUUAUAGAAGUAAAUCUCAAAGUGAUUAUAUAUAUUUAUCUUUACUAACUUUAUAUCAAUCAAAUCAUGUAAAAUAUAAUUGUAAAUCAGAUUGUAAUAGAAGUUUUAAUGAACUCGAGAAUUAUUCGACCACUCCCUCUAUCGCUUGUCAUACGAAUAGGAUUAUUGGUAAUAACAGUAGUAUCAUCAGAUCAUCUUCAAAACAAUGCAAAAAGUGUUAUAACUAUGUGGAUUCAUUCAACAAUGCAUCUCUUAUACCAAAUUUAAUUGUUCAUUCAUCAAUGUAUAAAUCAUCUUCUGGUUGGAGACAAUGUUGUCGUCUAGGCAGCCAGGGAAUUUCGCUUACACUUACCACUUAUGGUUGUGUAUGGUUAAGUAAUCAAGCGAUGGCUACAAACUUACCUAUAUUUGUAUCAUCACCUUGUUUCCAGUUUCAUAAUGCUAAUUCUUCUUCCUCUUCUUCUUCAUCGCUUAAUAGUAGUACUGAAGACUUUCUUGUCGAUAGACCCGUAUAUCGUGUACCAGCCGGUUAUUCUCUAUUAGUUUUCGACCUUUCAUGUUAUGAAAACUGGUUGCAACAACAGUCUUCUUCAUCAUCUUCAGCGUCAUCAUCAUCUUGUCGUCAGUAUUCCGGUAACAACCAUAAUGGCGACAGCAGUAAUUUAAGUGGUAAUAACAAUAAUAGUAAUAAUGUAGAUUUUAACGAGUUGCACAAAACUCAUUUGUGGGCAAAAAAAAACAAUCUAUGCAAAAAUCCGAUUAUACAUAUAAGUUUAGGUAAAGGUUGGGGACCAUCAUAUCGUCGACCAGAUGUUACACAUUGUCCAGCACGUUUAGAGGUGUGGAUUAAUUUAGAACAUCUGUUUCCUUUAUUCAUUUCAAACAAAUAAAAAAUUGUAAAAAUAAUUUAUUUUCC